AUGACAGAAGUGAAAGGAACUCCCAUCAUUAAAGGUUCACGAACAAUGCAAAUAACUGGCUUAUAUAAAGGAAGGGCAAUUAUUAUAAAAGACUCUUACAGUGUUAUAAAUAAGAAGCUUAAACUAUUUCCUGCUAUGUUUAACUUACAAACAGGACCGAAAGAAGUAUUUCCAUACAACUACUACAGCAGUGUUUUGUUAGCAAAUGACAACAGAACUGGUGUCAUUUCUGAAGCAUGUAAGUUUAUCCGGGAUGCAGAUACAUUUAUGAAAAACAUAGAUUCCAUCAAAGGUUGCAGAAUAGAUGAAAACCAUUUCGAUUUAGAAAAAUAUAGCACAUUUUAUUGCAAACAAGAUGUAAGAAUUUUAAGAGAAGGUUUUGUUAAGUUCCGCAAUGACAUAUUGAAAGAAUUUGAUUUAAACGUUUAUGACUACGUUAGUAUUUGUUCAAUUGCUAACAAAUUGUUUGAGAACAGAGUGUACUUCCCGAAUGGAAAUUUAUAUGAUCUCUCAAAUAAACCAAGAGAAUUUAUUUCACGCUGUAUUCAAGGUGGAAGAUGUAUGCUGUCAGAUAACAUUAAACAAAAGAGCGAAAAGAAACUCAUUGCUGACUUCGACGCUGUUUCAUUAUAUCCAUCAGCUAUAGCAAGACUUUAUACUUUAGAAGGAAUUCCAAAGGUUAUGAAGGAUGA